AUGUCCCGCGCGUCCUCAUCGGUCGCGGCCACUUUCACCGACGCUACGCGUCCCCGCGUAGCUAGUAUGCUCCAAGACCAAGUCCAGCUGGCCGUGACUGCCUCGCAAGCGAUCCGCAAGUCCUGCUCUGACAGUCUUUCUCUUUCUACCGCCACGGAGCGCCAUGCUUCGCUGAUUGCUGCCCUCGACACUGAUCGUGAGGCCUAUGCCGAGGCGCCCCGGGAGCACGGUGGAGACUUGCCCACGUCGCCCGUUACAUCUUCAACGGCGCGCUCACCGGCAUGUUUCGGUCGCAGCGACAUGGGCGCCUUCCUCUCGGGAUCGUUCAAGGGAGGAUGGGAGGAGGUUGCUAAGUUUGUCCACGCAGAUGUCAUCGCGUCCUGA